AUGUCCAAUAUCAUGCAUAUCAAGUCAAGAACGCUUGCUUAUGAUAAUAUUAAAAUAUUAUCUAUCUUAAAUAAUAUCGUCAAGGAUGAAGGCAACCAACUUGUUGAACCAGAUUUUUCCGGUUAUCCUGUGCUUAUCGGUUCUCGUGCCGCAAAAUGGCAUGUUCCUUCUUUCCGUGAACCUAAUAAUUGGAAUUUCAUUGCAACCGUUUCACAGUCAAUUUUAUUAAUUAAUAAAUUCAUGAAUAAAAAAAAUUUGAAACUGAUUUAUUACUCGGAUGUUGGAUUAAAAAUUAUUGGUAGAUGUGUUGAAUCAUAUGAAAAUGAGAAAUAUAUAGGCUUUGAAAUUGAACUUGCUUCUGACAAAGUAAAUCUUAGGAAAAUGAAGUUAAUGGAGGUCACAAAUGAUAUGGAAAUUAAUGAUAAAGAUAACAUUGAUGAUGACUGUUCGAUUGAAGAUGAAAGCAAAAUUAAAUUUGAAAAGUUUGAUUAUGAUCAAGAGAGAGAACAGUCAAAGUCAAGUGCACAAAUGAUUCUGGAAUUAUGUCACAAUGUAAAAGAUAGAAUGAUGAUACCCUUCCCAUGCAUAGUUGCUCCAUUGAAAGUUCUCGAAGCUUUAAAAGCAUCUCAUAUUUACUGGUCGGAUGAUUUUUAUAAGAACAUAGCAGAUUUACAUUCAUUAAGAAUUAUAUUGGAAAAUAAUCAAAUAUCACCAACUAAACCUUUAUGCUGUCCAAUGCGUGAUGAGAAAACUAAUCUUAUGUUGAAGACUCGUAUUAAGGAAACUGAAAUCUUACGAGGUACACCAUCUGUACAUAUAAAUUUAAAUAAUUCUGAUGAAGAAUUUUUGGAUCGUGAAGAUGAUUUUUUUGUAGAUAGAGUCGUUCCUCAUGAUAAAUUACACGAACUUGUUAAGUAUGGAGAUCACCCAAUCUAUGAAGGUUUAAAGAAUGAUAAAUCUAAAGCAAUGAUCGAAAAAUCUCUUUUUCAAAAACUUGACUAUCAAAAACAACUUGAUUGUAUGAAAGAGGAAGCGAUGGUUAUUGCACUUGAAAGAUAUCUUAUUCCAAAGAUCUUGAAGGAUCAAGAAACUUCUUACAGUUCAGCGCUCAUUAGAAUUUGCACUUCUUUGACUAAAGACUGGUUUCGCCAAUUUGCUAUCGAUAAUUACCCUCGGCUUUCAAAUCUUGAUAAAGAUUUAUUGUCAAUUGUUCAUAACUUAACCAAAAAUAAUCCACCCUCACAUCAUGAACUAGCUGAGACAAUAACGUUGCUUCAUAAAUGGAUACUUGACCCGGAAAUUCGGACUAUUUUUGAGCCUAUAUACGCUUGUACUAGUCGUAUUUAUGAUCUUGAUACCCCUAGUGUUUCUCAAGGGAUGCGGCUCGAGACAUAUAGAUCUGGAAUCAAGAUUAAUUCUCCGGUAAACAAAAAUGUAUCAAUUGCUGCUAUCAUUACAACUGUUUGUAUGGAUGACUAUGAAGAUUGCAACCCAGGAGCUGAUUGGUGGGCAUCUAUUGCUAUCCUUCCUAGUGAAGAUUUAAAAUGUUCAAGGGAGACUUUGGGAAGUUAUUAUGAUUCACUACAUCUUCAUCCUUUUGAUCAUAAUAUUAUUGGGAAUCGUGGAAUUUAUAUUGAUCAACCACGUGCAAAACGUUUAGAACUUACUUCUAAGCACAUACUAACACUUGAAAUUGGUUCAAAGACUAGUGGUGAUAGUUGGAGUGUGGCUGAGGAUGUUUGGUAUUUACCAAAAAUUCGUGCUAAAUCAGCUGAUCAUAUUGCCAGUAAGCUUGAAAUUCCAAAUUUUACUGGUGAUAUAUUAGUAAAAUAUGUGUUGGCUUAUCUACAACCUACCUUUAAAAAGAAAGGAGAUACGCCACUUAAAUAUCUAAUUAAUAAAUUAAAAGCCACCGAAAUUAUUCCAAUCAAACCACAACAACAUCUUUGGUAUGAUGCCUGGAAUUAUACUUUGAAGAAUGGAGGAGAAAUUUGA